GACCUCCCAGCUUGUCCACCACUCCUUUUUUUUAACCUAAAAGACAGAAAUCUUCCUCGGCAUCUCACUCACUCAUGCCCCCAAGACCACUUUGAUCCAUGGAUGAUUCGAUCCAUUGAUCAUCACCACGACACACCCUCACCUGCAUGGUCGAUAGAUCGAUCUUGUGUUAUAUGCGUGCAUGGAGGGGAGCAGCCAGUUUGAGACCUGCCUUCCUAGCCUCUUCAGCCCAUGCGCCCUUCCUCCUCCUCUUGCCCCGCUGCCGAACCAGCACAAGCUUCUGCAGAUGCCGUUGUUCCAGGUCCAGGAGCAGGGCGGGAACCAUGACGUGAUGCUCUCUUCGGACCACCACGGCGGCCUGUACCCUCUGCUUCUUCCAGGGAUCCCGUUCGUCGUGCUGGACGCCGGCGAGGCGGGUACCUCAGCGGCGAAAGCCAGUGGGGAGAUCGCUAGUACCACCACCACCGGCACGUUCCACGGCUCGAGUUCAUGGUGGAAGGGCUCGGCGGCGGCUGCCGGGGAGAAAGCGCGGAUGAAGGUGAGGAGGAAGAUGAGGGAGCCGAGGUUCUGCUUCCAGACCAGGAGCGACGUGGAUGUGCUGGACGACGGCUACAAGUGGCGGAAGUACGGCCAGAAGGUUGUCAAGAACAGCCUCCAUCCAAGGAGCUACUACCGGUGCACCCACAGCAACUGCCGCGUGAAGAAGCGAGUGGAGCGGCUGUCGGAGGACUGCCGCAUGGUGAUCACCACCUACGAGGGGCGCCACACCCACUCCCCCUGCAGCGACGACGCCGGCGACGACCACACCGGCAGCUGCGUCUUCAGCUCGCUCUAGAGAUCGAUCGACGACGCGCGCUUGCACAUCUGAUCUGAUGAUGAAGCUAUUGGCAUGCAGCAAUGCUAGCUGUGUGAUAAAUAUGUGGACGAUGAUGCACCAAGAUGUUGCUUUGUAGACGCACAUUUGGAUCGGAGUAGAAAGCAAAUCAGUAGUAGCUGCAAGGUCCAUCGAUCCUAAUAUAAUCUACGGGUGACUUUUGGUUACAUGCA